AUGAAUUUCAUUGCAACAGCAAAAGCAUACACACAAACAAAAUGUGAAUGCUACAUGAAAGGCCUUGAUAGACGCAUUAGACCCUAUUUAGGGAAAGCCAAGUAUGAAACUUGGGCAAGAUCAUACUCGCCAACAAAAAGAUACACCAUGAUGACAUCCAACAUCACAGAAUUACUCAACGCUACACUAAAAGUUGCAAGAAAUCUCCCCAUUGAUAUCUUGGUUGAAUGCCUUAGAAGUUUGGUUCAAUGGAACAACUCAAAUAAUGCAAACGGAACAUUCACAAAAGUCUCUACACCAAUAGAAAAUGAGUUAAGGCAUGACAUUGUUUCAAAAAUGAAGUAUAAGGUCUUUCCUUUCAACCAAAUAGAAUACCAAGUUCAUGAUGAAAAGGGAAUCAAUUUCAUAGUAAAUAUACAAAAUAGAAGAUGUACUUGCAAUAGGUUUCAAGAAUAUGAAAUGCCUUGUGGGCAUGCGGUAGCUGUAAUUGCAAAGAGAAACUUGGGAGUGUGGGAUUACUGUACGAAGUUCUACAAAACAGAAAUGUUGAAAGCAUUGUAUCAAGAAAAUGUUCAUCAUUUGCCACAUAAAGAUGAAUGGAAUCUCCUACAACACUUGGACAUAGUGGUGCUACCUUCAAAGGUAACAACCUGUAGGAAGACCAAGAAAAAAAAGAAUAAGAUCAAGAGGGGAACUAAAAGUAAUAAUCACCUGUGGGAAAUGUGGGCAACCAGGACAUAA